AUGCUGGUGAAUGUUCUCUGGCCGUUUGUUCCAGCGGCUAUCGUCAUCCACUUCGCUAGGCCCGAUCUUCAUAUCUGGAUCUUUGCUCUUAACUAUAUUGCAAUGGUUCCCUCAGCAAACUUGCUUGGGUUCGCAGGAGGGGAGCUCGCGAAGAAGUUACCUAAGGUUCUCGGGGUUCUGUUGGAGACAACGUUAAGCUCGGUGGUAGAGAUUGUCCUCUUUAUGGUUCUGAUACAUAAUGAUAAUAACGGCACCCUGAUUCCUGUCAUUCAGGCAGCGAUCCUCGGUUCCGUGUUGGCGAAUCUCUUGCUUUGUCUAGGCCUGUGCUUUUUCUUUGGGGGCAUGGGGCGUGAGCAUCAGUCGUUCCAUGAGGCUGUGAGUGAAGUGGGGACUGGGCUCCUCCUAGUUGCCGGCUUCGGUCUCUUGAUUCCGAGUGCUUUCUUUUCGGCUCUGAGCGCAAACAGCUCUAAGACAACCAUUACAAAAGAAGUCCUGACCCAUUCUACCUUGGUGAUCAGCAGGGCCACUGCAGUUAUCCUGCUAGUCGCUUUUCUGAUGUACCUGGUUUACAACCUACAUAGCCAUCACAGUAUAUUCGAUGAGGUCCUUGAACUAGAUGAGCAUAAGGAUGAAGACCGGGAAGAGGAAAUGAAGCGUGCAAAGCUUACGCUAGUCGAAUGCUUCGUGGCUAUCUCGGUAUCUAUCGCAUGUGUCUGCAUGUCUGCCGUUUUCUUGGUUCAGGAGAUUGAACAUAUUGUCCAUGAAAGAGGCGUUUCCGAUAAUUUCAUGGGCCUAAUUCUUGUUCCCCUGGUAGAGAAAGCAGCGGAGCAUUUGACUGCUAUAGAUGAAGCCUGGGAUAACCAAAUUAACUUUGCACUCUUCCACUGUCUCGGACCAUCUAUUCAGACCGCUUUGCUAAAUGCUCCACUUGCGGUCCUCGUCGGCUGGGGACUUGAUAAGGAAAUGGGUCUUAACUUUGAGAUCUUUAUGAUUGUCUUGUUCAUGCCGAUAAUGAAAAGCGGUGACGCAUGGAUCCCGACCUCCUUGCCCAAACAACAGAUUAACACACCAAACCCAAAAAUGAGUUUGUCAAACGACCAAGCGAAUACUCUGAUCAUCGCCUUAAAAGAUCGUGAUAUUCCAUUGAAAUGUGCUGAGGUUGAAGCAGCUUUUACCGACGAGAAGGAAGCUGCCGAGAACGAGAAAUGGGUGAUGAAGCACCUGAACCACGACACUCUUUUGUCCCAAGAGGAGCUCACUCUGUAUACAAAACUCGAAAGUGCCGGAUCUUUACAGAAUAUUAUUCAUAACCCCGAUACGAAUGCGGACCGACCGUUCCUCGAUGAAGACAUUCGGAAGGCGAUUGGCUCGCUGAACGCUUCAACCGCUGUGGUCCAGAAGCAAAAACAGAUUUUAGCAUCCCAAUGCGACAAUAUAAACGAAGAGCGUCGUAUAGAAGGUGAGCGAGGAGUCAGACACAACAUUGGCAUAGAACACCUGCGUCAGAGAUACAGAUCAGAAAGACAAAGCACGAGUGCCGCGUCUAUUGAAUUGGCCCAGGAAGUGAAAGCGGGCUUGAAGAUCGAAUCAGAGAACACAGCAGUGGAUAGUAAAAGGAUAUUGUCAACUCUUGCAGCUUGGCUAAAGGAGGAAAAUAGAGUACUAGCGGAUCUAGAGCAGCUUGGAUCCGGCAUAGGACCUACUGGAGAUGACGCCUCUGUAGUGAAACGGACCUCCGAGUUGAGCACGACACUUGCCCAUUGUCUUGCAGAAGAAAUACAAUGUCGGCUCGAUCGAAUUUACUUGGAGAACAUUCGAGCCGGUCAAUUCAAGGCCAAGCAGAAGCUUGAUGAUGAUGCUAUUGAUGAAGUUUCAGUCGCACUGGAAGGAGAACUAGAGUCGCUGUAUCCAGAGAUUGACAUUCUGGCUGAGGUGUAUACAAAGCAACAGUACACUGCACCUGUAUCACGCGCGCUCCAAAAUCAUCACGACCAGUUGCACGUUGCUUCCCACAAGAAACUCAAUUAUAUUUUAGACCUGGUCGCCGCUCUGACAUUAUCUACGGAACGUCUCACCAAAUCCCUGCAAGAUCGCGAGUCAUUCUGCGGAACUCUCGAAACUUUGAAUGCUACAUAUCGAACUAAAGUAGGGAAUCAGUUUCAUGCAAUAUCUGUACCGAUACGAGAGGAUUUUAGGAGAAGUUCGAUUCAACCAACGUCGACAUUCACGACUUCCGUGAAACGCAUCGAUUCACUUUCCGAGUCCCAUGCCCUCGCCGCUGUCUUGCGCCACACAGGCUUAUCUGCCGAGUCGGUGUUUCAACCUGAGGAAGAAAAUAUGGGCAUCGAUGUGCUUAUUGACGCGAGAUAUCACAUGUUCGAUUGUCUGCAGAACUACGGCAUUGCUGCAGAUGCACCUCUGAUGACCGAAAUGAUCUCGAGUGACCAGGCAACCCGGCUUCUUUCGUCUUCCUUAAAUGUCAAUUCACACAUGAAGACAUCGCUCACGAAUGACAUCCAUGAGGCCGAGCUCUCUGAUCUUCAACUAAAACUAGAGCUUGUACAAGAUGGGGUUGAAAUGCUCGACCUGGGCGUAGUUUUCCAACGUGAUAGGAGUCGAGAGACGUUUGUUGAAAAGUGGGGGUUGACAUAA